AUGCACUCGGAAGCUCUAAUGGUAACACGUAAACGUCCAACAAUUUGUUAUUGGAGUUCAGAGAAGAUUAGAUAUCGAGAGACAUUUGAACAAGAAAUAGGUAGAUUUGGCAUUGGAGAAUUAAAUGAAGAAUUUGUUAAUGAAGAAGUUGAAGGAGAUACUAAUAUGGAAGACAGUGAUUGUGAUAAAGAGGAAGAUGAUUUUGUUGAGGUAUAUGAAUCAAAAUUAUAUAAAAUGCUUAAUAGUUUUGAGAGGAUAAAGGAAAAUAUGAAUUCAAAGCUCAAUGAAGCAAUAAACAUAGUUUCCUGA